UUACGAGCACGCGUGAGGCAGGCUCGUGCAAACGACGGUCAAACGGUCGGAGUCCCUGAAUUUUCAAGGUCACGGCGACGCUCUGUCAAUCAAACGAGCAAUUUCAUGGAGAGUCUGCUCCUCAUCCCUAAUGUUUAGAUAACCUCCGUCUGUCGGUGACGGGCAGCUUCGCCAUAACAGACCUCAUCCGUGAUGGCCGCCGCCACUCAACAUCAGCCCGGAGAUCACUCGGGUCGACCGCCUGUGGAUUUGCUCUCCCCAUUCGUCCGAGUGGCCGAUCUUUGGCUGUCGUGGAGACCCGUCCGCUAUUUUACUUUGACGUGCAUCCAGCCUUUCGUUGUGCUCACAUACCUGUACGAGCGAAUAACCCCCAAGCGCGAGCUGGGAAGUGGCCCCGACAAGCGGCGCGCGUCUUUAUCUCCUACUGAACGUCGCGGCUCCUUGACGGCGGCGACUGGGGUCUCAGGAGAGCCGUUGCCGACGCCACCACCGUCUUCGACUGCUAGUACGUCUUCCCUGGAUGUGAGGCAUGGGGAGGAGAGUAGGUCGCAUCGAAACGUUAGCGCGGCGGUGAGGCCGAAGUUCCACCGGAACUCAACGUUUAGCGACGGCGGGAGUGAAACGAGCGGUUCGAUAUAUAGCACCGCAUCGGCCGCCCCCGCGUACCUCCCAAAGAUCAAUAAAUACGCUAUCAUUCGAACAUCGGACGCAUCCUUCGAGCCUAUCAAGGAACUCUUCCCGUUUCAACCGAAAUACUUCAAGCUGGGCUCUUUGCGCAUCCACUACAUUGAUGAAGGGACCCGGGAGUCUAGUUCACCGCCUGGUGGUGCAACGAAGCAAAAAGUUGUCGUGCUGGUUCAUGGGGCUUUGACGUGGAUGUACAUGUACCGAAAAGUGAUCCGCCAGCUGGUGGAUGCCGGGCUGCGGGUGAUUGCCAUCGAUCUUCCAGGCCAUGGGAAAUCGGACAAAAUCCCCAUGUCGGGCGCGGCACUUAUUCAGAUUCAAGUCGCUGCGAUACGCUCGCUCCUGAACCGCUUUUCGAAUCCGGACCUGGACGUCACGCUUGUAGCACAUGGGACUGGAGGCACUGUGGUCGGAAUCGCGCUGGCUGAGAUGGGCGACUUUGGGAGCAACCUAAGUCGGUUGGUGUUCGUGAAUACCUUCCUGCCUCCUCAUCAGGAGGAAUGCAGUGGGAGAGAAAUUGAGACGCUUCUCAUUGCAAGAUCCCUCUUUUACACCUUCCGGACGUUCGUCAAACCGUCCACUAUGAUACGAUGUGCUACGGCCUUCUCUUCCAGUAGCAGGCUUACCAUUGGCGAGGCCCGUGGAUACGACGUCCCAUACCCAACUGUAUCGCACGCCCACGCAGUAAAGACUCUCCCUUCCGCCCUACCCCUCCCGCUCUUCUCCGACCCGCUGAUCCUUCGCAUUCGCGAACUCUUCCCCUUCUUCGCCCACCGUACUCCUCUCAUCUCGCCCCUCCUCGCCAACAACCAAAGCGUAGAAGUCGAAACAGAGAAGGCCAAAUUGUUCUUGACCGACUAUGCGCGUCGGGUGGCGAGGCGGUGGGUCGAUGGAAAGCUGGUCGUCACGACUCCGACGACUUCGGGCGCGAAUCAUCGCGCGCUGGUGAUUUGGGGUACGAGGGAUAGGUGUUGGAGUGGUCUGGGGAAGUGGUUUGCGAAUUUGAUGGGUGCGAGAUUGGUCACGAUCGACAGUGCUGGCCACUACGUUCCGGAAGAUGACCCUGAAGCACUCGCCCAGUGUCUGCUAGAGUUCAUUCAACCUUGAAUCACCAAGGAUCGCUGCUGCUCGCGGCUUCUCUGAUUCAUCGCGAAAAACCUUUACGUCUCGUACGUUAGUUUUCUCUUCCCUACUUUUAUGGGCCAUUACAAGUUCUUUUUCUCAUUUUUUGUAGUUGAAAUUGUAUUCUGAAGGGCUGCAGGCAGGCCCUUCGUCGACUGUACAUAUAAUUACAAUACUUGUUGUCCACAGAAGC